GGCCUAUGGUUGGGGAGGGCUCUGGGACUGGGCAGUGCUGGGUGGUCCAGGAGGGCGGGGCGGGGCUGAGGUCCCAGACCUGAACUGAAGAGAAUGUUCCGGGAUCCCUGCCCCGCCAGUGGGGGAAACACCUGCCGCCCACGUGCCCUCACCUAACCGGAGCGGGGGUUGCCUCCGCCCCUCCUGAUGGCCUUGAGAGUAAAGAGAAAGUGAAAGGGGAAGAGCAGGCUUCCGGGCUGAGGAGAUCGCGGCGCCAUGAAGCCCUUGUCCUUUCUCCUCGCUGUGGUUUUGGGCUUGGCGACCGCCGUCUCGGCCGGACCUGCGGUGAUAGAGUGCUGGUUCGUGGAGGAUGCGGGCGGGGGCCGCCUGGCCAAGAAACCCGCUGCACUGCUGCUGCGCCAGGGCCCGGGGGGACCACCUCCCCGGCCGGACCUCGACCCGCAGCUCUACCUCAAAGUGCAUGACCCGGCGGGCGCUCUCCAGGCCGCCUUCAGGCGGUACCCCCCGGACGCCCCCGCGCCACACUGCGAGAUGAGCCGCUAUGUGCUGCUCCCCGCCUCGGCGAAUUGGGCCAGCGGCUUGACCCCGGAGCAGAACUGCCCGCGGGCUCUGGACGGGACUUGGCUCAUGGUCAGCGUGUCCAGCCAGGUCCUCAGCCUCUCCGGCCUCCUGCGACCACAGUCCGAGCCUCAGCCCGAGCCCGCUCUCAUCACCACGGCAACAGCUGUGCUGACUGUCCUCACCCACACCCCCACCCCUCGAAUCCGACUGGGACAAGAUGCUCUGCUGGACUUGAGCUUUGCCUACCUGCCCCCCACCCUCGAGGCCGCUACAUCUCUGUCCCCAGGUCCCCCUCCCUUUGGGCUGGAGUGGCGACGCCAGCACCUGGGUAAGGGGCACCUGGUCCUGGCUGCAACUCCUGGGCUAGGUGGGCAAAUGCCAGCUGCCCAAGAAGGGGCAGUGGCAUUUGCUGCUUGGGAUGAUGAUGAGCCGUGGGGUCCAUGGACUGGAAACGGGACCCUCUGGCUGCCUGCAGUGCGGCCCUUCCAGGAGGGCACCUAUCUGGCCACCGUACACCUGCCAUACCUGCAAGGGCAGGUCACCCUGGAGCUUGCUGUACAGAAGCCCCCCAAAGUGUCCCUGAUGCCAGCACCUCUUGUAUGGGCUGCCCCCGGAGAGGUUCCCCCAGAGUUGCUCUGCCUGGUGUCCCACUUCUACCCCUCGGAAGGCCUGGAGGUGGAAUGGGAGCUCCGGGGAGGCCCAGAGGGCGGUAUUCAGAAGGCCAGGGGAGAGAAGUGGCUUUCUGCCCUGCGCCACCACUCAGACGGCUCUGUCAGCCUCUCCGGACACCUGCAGCCACCCCCGGUCACCGCCGAGCAGCAUGGGGCACGCUACGCUUGCCGCGUCCACCACCCCAGCCUGCCCGCCUUGGGGCGCAGUGCUGAGGUUACCCUGGAGGUGGCAGGUCUCUCCGGGCCCUCCCUGGAGGAUGGCAUAGGCCUCUUCUUGUCUGCCUUUCUCCUCCUGGGCCUCAUCAAGGCACUGUGCUGGGCUGCUGCCUAUUGGUCCACUUCCAAGGAGUCAAAGGAGAAGAAAGCACAGUGAGCGCCCUCACCAUCAUCCAGCAGAAGCCACCAUCAUCUCUGGUCUGAGCUACGAUAGUAGCUCCCCCAAAUACUACACCAUCAUCUGCUCCUGCUCCCUCCAAUCUCUCUCCACUGAGUGGCUGGAA